UUCAUUUCAAGGUUAGGUGGGUAAUACUAGUGCUGGUGUGUAGAUAUCUUACACUGUCAGGAGGAAGUGGAGAGAACUUGUGGUCAGAGCCGGCUCUGUGAGGGUGUGUGUGUGUGUGUGUGAGUGUGAGAAAGUGUGGAACUGUGUCCUCAUGGUUCUGUUGAUCCAGACAAGGACAUGACGCAGGACAAAUCUGCUAACGGACAGCUGAAGAUCGUGAUCGUAGGGGAUGGAGGCUGUGGGAAAACCUCUCUACUGAUGGUGUAUGCUAAAGGAGAUUUCCCUGAGACCUAUGCGCCAUCAGUGUUCGAAAAGUACAUGACGACAGUGAAUCAUGGGGGAAAAGAGAUUCAGCUGAAUCUGUACGACACAGCAGGCCAGGAUGAUUACGACCGUCUGAGGCCGAUCUCCUAUCAGGAUGCGGAUCUCAUCCUGGUGUGUUAUGACGUCACAAACCCGACCAGCUACGACAACGUGUUAAUUAAGUGGUAUCCAGAGGUGAAUCAUUUCUGCCCUGGUGUCCCUGUGAUUCUGAUUGGCUGUAAGACAGAUUUAAGAAAGGACAAAGAGAAGAUUAGGAAGCUGAGAGUGCUUGACCUUGACCCUGUCACAUACAUUAAGGGAGAAGAGACACAGAAGCAGAUGAAUGCUACACUUUACCUUGAAUGUUCAGCGAAACACCGUGAGAAUGUAGAGGACAUUUUUAAAGAAGCCACAAAGCUGGCGUUGGAUCACAGACGCAAAAACCGACAAGCCCGUAAGAAGUGGAAGAAAUGCAGUAUAAUUUAACAUCAACAAGCACAAAUUAUAUUUUUAUUUUUAUUUGUUUUACCACAUGACUGUAUAAAAGCGCUGUUAAUUAUUAUAAAUAGUAAAGUGUUUAUUUUAAUGGAGAAUGUAAGAAGAAAAUCUGCUGCUUUCGAAUGAAAGCAUAUAAAUGCAUAUUAAAUGUAGGAUUAUUUCCA